AUGCAGUUCAACAUAGCACUCCUAGUACUAGGGCAAUUUAUUUAUCUCAAUUCAGUAUUUGCAGUUACAAAUAAAUAUCUUAAUAGUUCUGAAAAUAUUUUUGGGAAUGAAUUCUAUGAAGAAAUUAAUAACGCAAUUUCUGCCAGCAACCAACAACUGGCGGGGUACAAUAUUUCUAGUGAUGCUGUGGUAUCUUCAAACAUGGUCGAUACUAAUGCGACUACCAACAACAGCUCAAACAUAUCUUCGAUUACUAAUUUGUCAGCAACAGGUAUUCAGGAGAAAUCAGCAUUAUCAGUGGUUUAUGAUAUUGGAAGUUUCAUCUGUGGCUUCUUCAUUGUUUGUGAUGUGGUAAAUACUGCUGUGGGAUUUGCUGUUGAGCUUGGCGAAGCUUUGACCUCGAAGAAUAAAGAGCUUGAGCAAGCAAUUGAAGCUUCAACCAAAUAUGUUUCCAUAAGAAGUGAAUUAUAA